UGUUUGUAGCAGCAGUGUAAAUGUUUUUCGCGGCAAUCAACAGAUGUUAAAAUCGUUUAAUUUUUGAUAACGAAAAUAAACUUAUACAUACAAAAAUCUAGUACAUACAAAUUUUGAAUUUGUUUUUGCUUGACUCAUUGAUGCUACGUACUCAGUGACAAAGCAUCCGUUGCAUUCCUGCCCAUCAUUUGCUUUGCCAUACUCGCGCUUGUCUCCGGUGCUUCAGGUCGGUCUAUACGCGGCCGAAAGCUUCUUCAUACGCUCGAAAACCGUAUGCUUCAUCAUAAGAAUCUGUUGCGCUACGAGAGCGAAAUUGCGCCUGUACAAACUGCACCAGUACAUCAUCGUCAUCAUUUAAAUACUCGUUCUCUGGAUAUGAACUGCGCGAAGGUGGUAGAACAUAUCUCCAUGUUGAGAAAACAAGCGCGCACAUCUUUUAAUGCACUUAAUAAUUUUGUGUAUAAGAAAUUCACCGAACCACGCUUCAAUCUCACACCAGAAAUAGCAUUAGAAGAAUGGAGUAAAUACAAAUUGAAUUUAUCACAUCCCUAUACAAAGUUAAUGGAUCGCGAAUUCACCAAAGAAAAGGUCCAUCAUGACAUAAGUCAUUUGGAAAAUGGAAUCACAACUUUGAAUGAAAAACUGAUUCAAACUGAACUGAAUAAAAUUUAUAAAACUAUCCGAAUGUUGCAAGUUAUUCAUAACCGCACUUAUAAUGCGCUCGAUAAGAAAUGGCAAGACGACGCUUACAAAAAUGUAACACAAUACCUCAAUCACACGGGUAGUCACCUCAGUGCUAAUAUAAAGGCUACAAACUCUGUGAUUGCAACGCUCAAUGUUGCAUUGGAAGACUUUGAUGAAAAUAGCAUCUCUUACAAUGAAACGGUGCAAGUGUUAGAUUGGUUGGUAGUUGCCGAAAGUAUUAGCUUCUUCCAAUAUCUCGAUAAACUCUAUGAGAAAUUGAUGGAAAUGUGCAGUGCGCCAAGAUAUUUACACGAAGGAAAUAUGUAAAUAAGGAUACUAUGGUAUAAAUACAUACCUACAUACAAGUACAUAAGCCUAAGAGGCCGUCGUCACACCGUUUCAACGCAAACCGGGCCAAUGUGGAUGCCAUGCAGGAGCAAGAGAUGAAGAUGGCGUUGCUUAAUAACGGGUUGUGAGUGAAUUUGGAUGUGCUAUUUUUUAUUUUAUUUUUUUUUUUCAGCUAGGGACUAUGUAUGUACGCGCAUACAUAUGUACUAUUUAUGCUUUAUUUUUAUUCUGAGUUUGCCAAGCUUUUGCUUUUUAAUCAUGACAAUACUUUACUACUUACUUACUAUGUAUUACCUUUAUUAAUAAUUUUAUUUGAAAAAUGUGUUUUAAGCGCAACUGGUGACAGACUUGAUGGUGUUGUUUCGCUAAAAAAUAUGUUUCGACUUAAUUGCAUUGAAAAUUUUAAAGAAAAUUGCGAAAGGCGAAGUAAAAAAUAAAAUAAAAUAUAAAAUGAAAAUUAAAUAGAGAACAAACAAAAACAAAGAAUACGCAUGCUGUGUCUUAGUAAACAAUCAUAUUAUUAAAUACAUACACUGCCGGAA